UACUGCACUCACAUGGCUCGGAGUGGAUUACCUGACUCUCAGUCUAAGAAUCCUGUGUAUCAUGUGACUACCAUUCUGAAUAUCCUGUGAAUGAUCUGACUCUGAUUCUGACUAUCCGGUAAAUUAUCUGACUCUCAUUCUGAAUAUGCUUCUGGAUUAUCUGACACUCCUGUGAAUUAUCUCACUGAUUCUGAAUAUCCUGUGGAUCAUCUGACUCUGAUUCUAAAUAUCCUGCCGAUUAUCUGACUCUGAUUCUAAAUAUCCUGCCGGUUAUCUGACUCUGAUUCUAAAUAUCCUGCCGAUUAUCUGACUCUGAUUCUGAAUAUCCUGCGGACCUCCAUUGGAAGAAAGGUUCCUGACUUUGAAGGUCCUGUGACUUGUCUUGAGCUGUAUGUGCAUCAUAUAACUCUGUAUCAGAGUGUGGGAAUUCCCACUCGGUAGGUGUGGUGUCAGUGACGGGUAAAGAUCGAAUUGGGAUGGAUUAGAGGAUAUCGUGGUGGGAACGAGUUCUGGGAUCAGCAGUGGAUAUAGUGCUUCCAUUAUGUUCUGUCGAAAUCACCGUAGCCGUGUCACGGUGGCACGCUGCUCCGCUCUGGAGAUGGAGAUCCGUCGGGGCCGGUUCCGAAGAAGUGUGUUUAUCGACACCCCCCAGGAUACAGACAUACAGAAGCGGAUUGACCACGAGGUGCGGAUGCGGGAAGGAGCUGUGAAGUUGCUGGGAGCGUGUACACAGAAGGAGCAGGCAUUGGAAGCUGCAAAAAACCUUCUCAUCUGUAACAACCGCAUUAUGACGUACAUGUCCGAGUUACAACAUCGCAAAGAGGAACAGGUUCUGCAACACAGCACACGCAGGCCGUAUGAUGGAGGGGGUAUAGAUGACCGUGUGCCUUGUAAGGGGAAGCUUUCCAUCUCAGAUCUGCGGAUUCCUUUAAUGUGGAAAGACAGUGAAUAUUUUAAAAACAAAGGAGAGCUCCAUCGCUGUGCUGUGUUCUGCGCUCUGCAGUUGCGUGGAGAGGUAUUUGACACGGAGAUGGUUUUUGUGGAUCGGACAUCCACGGAUAUCUGCUUUGAGAAUGCCAUUGUAUUCUCUGAUGUGGACCCUGGGUUCAAGCUGCAGCUCCAGUUAUACAGCUGUGCGGUGGAUGAUGAUUUUUCUCUCUCUGGGACACCUCGGAAAUUGUCCACAAAACUGAGCAGCUCCUUGGGGCGUUCGUCAGGUCGUAGAGUUCGUGCUGUGUUGGAUGGAAGUCCUGUCAGUAAUGGAGGUGGGAGCCCCGUCCUCCUUCCUGCACCCAGCAUACCGGGUCCCAAGUUCCAGCUCCUGGCGGACACACAACUGACUCUGGCACACGUACAAGAUGGAUUCCGAACACAUGACCUGACAAUAAAUAGUACAGAUGAGAGUUCCUGCUGGCUUCCACUUUACGGGAGUGUUUGCUGUCGACUGACUGCCCAGCCGGAUUGUAUGAGCAAAGAGAUGAUGUCCGGAGUCCUUCGUGUACUGGGCCGGGAGCAGCAGAGCUUGCAAUCUGUGUUCUGUGUCCUUCGAGGCUGCCACUUGCUGUGUUACCAACACUCUGGGGAGACAGACACGUUAACAGAACCAACGCUUUCAAUAUCUGUCAACAAGGAGACCCGGAUUAGAGCGUCGGAACGAGAGGGCCCAUGGCACAGUCUGUCUAUUACUAAUUGCUACGGCUGUGAGGAGGUCACGCACACCCUCAGGGCGGAGAACCACGAGGAGCAGCGCCGCUGGAAGCAGGCAUUCUGCCAACACUUCUAUGAUAUGAGUCAGUGGAAGCAGUGCUGUGAUGACUUGAUGAAAAUAGAAACUCCUCCCCCGAGGAAAUCAGCAACAGUACUCUCAAAGCAGGGGUCCCUGUACCACGAAAUGGCUAUUGAGGGCCUGGGGCCCCUUCCGGAUCUCCUAUCCCAGAGGAUGAAAGAGUUUGAGCUUCAGAGAGGUCUCGAUCCGCCUUGUUGGACCUCUCUCUUCCAGAACCCCAUGGCUGCCCUCCCUUCCUGCUCCUCAUCCUCUGACUGUGACAGCCCCCCAGCCAAGCCCCCACAAGCUCGCCCCCGGACCCUUUCUUUGGAUGCUAAGCUGACAUCACUGAAGCAACGUGGUCUGAGAACAACCCCCCCUUCCCACAGCAUGUCCGGGGCCCAUCGACGAGAAAGUCCCUGCCUGGGAGCCAGGUGUUCUAGUAGUAGUGGGAGUAGCACCCCUGAUUCAGAACUGAGUUCUGAAAAUCGAAAGAGCACAAGAAACCUGAAAACCAAAUUGGACCCCCGAAACUGGCUGCAGAGUCAAGUUUAACCCUCCCCCCCCACUCAGGAGCUAGAUUUACAGGACGUGAUGUCAGUGGUUUUCCAUCCCACUGGCCAGUCUUUUGCCGUGUGCUGCCUUUUGUGUUACAGAAUUACCUUCCUACCGGAUAACAUGGAGAGGAGAUUAACCUCUUAUCAUCCACUGGUUAUUGCCAUGCUUUAACGUAAGCUACAUGUAGGCCUGAAUGGAUUCAGUAAAAUAUAUUGAUGUGACUGGCUUCUUCUAAUGCUCCUUAUAAUAUUAUAACAAAAUGGUACUAUGUAAGACAUCCCCUCUAAUCUCUACUGACACACAGAAGGAGCUAUGGGACACGGAGUCUGUCCCUCCCACUGCAGGGUGACACACAUAGAAGGAGCUAUGGGACAUGGAGUCUGUCCCUCCCACUGCAGGGUGACACAGACAGAAGGGAGCUAUGGGACACGGAGUCUGUCCCUCCCACUGCAGGGUGACACAGACAGAAGGAGCUAUGGGACACACAGUCUGUCCCUCCCAC